AGGCACAAGAAACACGGAGCAGCUGGAGGGGAGACUGCAGCACCAGGACCACAGAGCAGGACCAGCACCAGAACCAGCACCACGGAGCAGGAGCAGCACCAGCACCAGAACCAGGACCACGGAGCAGGAGUCCAGCACCAUGUCAGAGUCCAGCAGAAGGAGAAGCUCCAGCAGGCAACUUCUGCAGAACCUCAUCAGGGUGACGGCGCAGCGCAGCCAGGAGGAUGCUGAGGAGGUGGAGCGCGAACGGAGGAGGAGAGCCCGGGAGAAGCAGCGAGGAGAGGGAAGCGCCUCCUGGCCGGAGCCCGUCCAGCACAACGAACAAACACACAACGCGGAGUCGGACGAGGAGCUGAAGCCCAGCUGCUGCCUGGUUCUGGAGGAGGACGAAGGCUUCAGCGACUGGAGCAACAGGCUGGAGAACCGCAACGAACAGGAGACGCAGGAUGACUGCCGGGCCAGAGAGCUGAGAGCUGCAGCGCCAGCAGAACCCGGGAAGGAGAAACAGCAGGAGGACGGAGGGGAACCAGAACGAGGCAGCUGGAAACACGGAGCUCCAAGAAGACCUGCAGAGAAGAUGUCCAGCAGCAAAAAGGAAGCCAGGACGUCUUACAGCUCGUCGGUCUUCCUGCCACAGGACACCAGGCUGCAGCACGUCGCCGGCCGACCAGCUGACCGGACGUCUUACCUGGCUGCAGGGACGAUGAGGCCACGUGGAGGAGCCUGCAGGGUUGACGACGAGGUGGAGCAGGAGGUGCAGAAGGAGGAGGAGGACGAGGUGCAGAAGGAGGAGGACGAGGUGCAGCCGGCUUCGCAGAGAGCGUGGAGGUCAGCAGAAACCCGACAGACCCUCGGAGAUGAAGACGAUCAGGAGGAAGAGGAGCUGAGCUUCACGCAUGACGAGAAGGAAAACUUCGACCUGACGAGGCAGCAGAGAUACGAGGAGGAGGAGGAGGAGGAGGAGGAAGAGCUGCACCUAACACAUGAAGAGAAGGAAGGCUUGAGCCUGAGGAGAGAGCAGAGACACGAGGAGGAAGAACGGAGGAUGCAGAACGAGAGAUCAGGAGAGAGCAGCGACCGGAGGAAUGAGGAGCUGAACAGAAGAUCAGCAGCUUCUCUGUGCAGCAGCGAAGGCGACGAGACUUUAAACUGUUACGGCCCCAUGAGUCCGACGUUCAAGAAACUCCUCAUACAGUUUUACCCAGACGAAGUGAACAGCAGAGUGUCAGCAGAUGGAAAAUGUACGAUCACAGAGAGAACAGAGUCUCUGAGGAGAAGCACCAACAGCAUAAAGAAGACGCUGCCACCUGUUCCUGUCUCCAAGAUUGACAAGAGGCUGGAACAGUACACUCACGCUCUCGAGGUCUCCUCGAAGGAAGGCCGAUCAGGCUGCCAGGUGCUGACGGACCUGACGAGUCCCACAGAACCGUUCGCAUCCAAGAAGAACCUGUUUGAAGCUGGGGAAGCCUGGAACCAGAACCCCGUCUCAGCCACACCGUCCAAGGAUGCAGAUGGUUUGAAAGUGGGUGUGGCCGACCUCAUCCAUCAGUGGGUGAAAGGAGGCGAGGAUGGAAGCAGGUGCAGCUCGCCCUCCAAACCAGCAGAAAUAAAACCUGGUGGUGUUUUAAACAAGAAGAAUCUGUGGGAGAGCCUUGGUGACACUUUAUCUCCUGGGAGAGAAGGAAAGGAGAGCUCCUCUGGUAAAAAAUACAAAUUCGUGGUGACGGGUCACGGCAAGUACGAGAAGGUUCCUGCUGGUGACGGCUGCAGUGAAAACUACGAGUCAGCUGGACAGUUCUAUGAAGAUUUGUGAAUCCAUGUUUGGAUAAUGGGGUAAAAAAUCAGCCACUCUGACUUCACCACUCUUCUGUGUUUCGGUUGGAAAAGUACUUAAAAGAGAAUUAUGGUUUAUUUCGACCUGCUGUGUUUCCCAUUAAUGCAACUUAAAACUCUUCAUCUCAUUGUAGAAAGUCGAGGAAACGAGAAGCUGCACCAAACAUGUUGUGAAGCGGUUUAACAGGAACGAUCAUAUUUACAAAGAUCAUUUAAAUGUUUGUUUUCAGUCUGACUGGAGUUAAACAGAAAUUCGCCGCCUGGAACGGACGUCUUGCUAACUGCAUUAGAGAUCUGUAUCUGGGGAUACUUGCUGUCUGACAUGAUCACCAGAACAUUCAUCUGGUUUGUUUACAUGUGAGUCUUUCACUCUGAGGAUGGAGUCAGAAAGACAACAUACAGCCAGAACCUUUGCUGCAAAGCACCCAUGAAUGAGAGUAAUUCCAGAUGUGCAAAUACAACUAAUAAAUCUGCAGCUUUGAUAAACAUCCGAUAGAUGCUGUUAAACUGGAAGAAAAGACCAAGAGCAGCCGGACCGAACGCUCUGCUCUCCAUAUAUUCAGUUAAAGCUGAUGCCGUUAGCAAAGCGUCUGUUCCAGGCGGCUAAUAUCUGUUUAUGUUCAAUCAGACUGAUCAGGCUCAUGAUAAUUAUACAAAUCUCAGUGCAGACGAGGAGAACUAUGUUAGUUUGAUAACUGGAAUCACAACAAGAGCUGCAACGAUUAGUCGAUUAGUUGUCAACUAUUAAUCGCCUAACUAUUUCGAUGAUCGAUUAUUUUGUUUUAGUAAUUUAGUCUAAAUUCUUUGACACCAGCUUCUUAAAUGUGAAUGUUUUGGUUUCUUCCCUCCUUCAUGACAGUAAACUGAAUAUAUUUCGGUUGUGGA